AUGCCACUAGUUGACAUUUCAAUCGACACUAUUGAUGGAUACUCUCCUUUGAACUUCAAUACCACUAAAUCUAGACUUCUCUUCAAUAAUGCAACUUCAGCCGCAUCUAAUGGCUUACUAGCAGUGGACAUUGAUCCUUCAGUUCCAUAUCCCUACCUCUCAACAUCAACUUGCGAUAUACUUGCCUCUUACCUCCCCAUAACAUACAACGAAAAUCUAGACCUCUACCUCUGGAACAUCACAUCUCCACUCUACAAGCCCAUUAUCUCAUCGCCUACCUACCUCGCCUUCACAUUCUCUAACCUAGACUCAGACAAUCAAAAUGCUCAAAACUCAAUCAAAAUUCAUUUCUCGCUCCUUUCAUUUUCGUUAACAUCCCCCUUUUCUAACACUUCUGAUCCCGUUCCCUAUUUCCCCUGCCAACCAUCCUCGCUCCCCUCCGGCUCUUGGGCUCUCGGCCGUGCAUUUCUCCAAGCUGCUUUCUUAGGAAUCAUCUGGACUGAUUCAUCAAAUAUCACUUCUUCCAAAGGCACUGCAUUUUUUCUAGCUCGAGCGCCGGAUCCUGGUAUUCCCGAUGAAAAAUUAGUUGACCUUCAACCUGAAUCUACUUCCCUCGAUGCCUCGACUACCAUUUGGAAAGAAACCUGGUCGUCUCAUUGGAUGCCCCUCACUACGCCUCUAGAUCUUUCCUCGUGGCAAUCCUCCGCCCCAUCCUCGUCAUCUUCGUUUUCCAACACAGGACUACCUACUGCAUAA